AUGCAGAUACACGACCAUCGCAGCUUGAAGAAGACCCCGAAAAGGUGCCUUCUUCCUCUUCUCCUGUCUGUAGCUCUGGUGAAUUUCUGGCUUGCAGUAAGGCUCGCAGAUACCAGGGUCUAUGCGGACCCAGACAAGAGCGAUGACCGAGCUGUGAACCGGGACGAGCCCGUUUUGGGACAAGACAGGCAAAGGCCGUCUAACAGCAUUGCUGCUCCUUGCCCGCAUUGGUGCCACGGGUUCCCCUUUCGCGGUAUUAUUAAGCGAACGACGCACGCCGAGGUGCCGACCGACGACAGCGGCAAAAAAAACUCCAAGCCGUACUUUCUCACGGCCGUGCUAUCUGUCCGAAUUUACGACUGGAAGGAUAAAGCGAAGCUCAGCACCCGCGAGCUCAUCCAGUGGCUGCGGUACAUCAGCUACGCCGGUGGAGACCAUGUGUAUCUGUACGACGCUUACGUAUACCAGAAUGAGUCACAGAAAGCAGGCCUGAAGGAUUUCAUCGCCAGCGGCUUCCUGACGUACACGGACUGGCACCACCGAGCCACACCGUUCUCUCUAGGCUGGACCCAGGCCGGCGCCUACCUUGAUUGCCUCGAGCGCUGGGGGAACCUCAGCUCUUGGCAGCUCGGGGUCGACAUGGAUGAGUACCCGUUCCUGCCGGCCGACCGCGAGCCCGGGUUUCUCGCCCGGUACUUGCGGGAGUUCGACACCUCUUCGCCCACAGCGGCCAGCAUCUCCGAGCUCAGCAUGCAGAACUUCCUCUACCUUGGCAAACCGCUUGACGUCGCCAAACACCCGAUCCUAAUUGACAGGAUUUGGAGGCGGACCAAAGAGCCCGCAAAUCACUUGGUCAAGCCUGUGUACAGGCCAGCCGCCGUGAGAUGGCCUGAUAUACACCACAAUUCACUGAAGUACGGGACCAGAAAGAUUUUGCCUGAAACUGAUCUGCGAAUGAACCACUACUGGGGUGCGCGGCUUCAGAACUGGGGCGAAGACACGCAGGAAGUGCUGGAAAUGACCAUGGAGGACAGAAGUAUGGAACCCAUUGUUACCAACCUUUACAAAUGUGACUCUUGCCGGCCUCCGUAGCUGUGAACCAAAUCUGAUUCUUCUGUAUCCUUUGUGCAAACUACACGAAAUCUUAUUUUUGUUUUAAUUCACUGAGUUUCAAAAGUAAAUGAUGCUGUUACAUCCCACUUCCGGGGCGGAAUCCUUAAUUUAAGAACUUGGCUGUACCGGUACCACCGUGUCCAUUCUUUUUGAAUCCAGAUAAUUUUCCACUACUUAUAUCUAUGUUUCAUUGCAAUUCAAGAUAAUGAUUUUGUCGUUGUAGCAAUUUGGCCGUUGCUUCACGUGUGCCAGUUUACGUACAUUAAACACGCUAAAUCGGAAAAAGUAUUCAUUUUUGCCUUACUCUUCUUGAUUAAAUAGGAUUUUCCCGAGAAUGGUAUGUCUGAUUGUUACACAAUUGAUGUUUAAAAUGACCACAAAAAAGGCUUGGCGCAAGAGACACAUACAUUGCAAUGGUAUUGGAGAGAAAGUUGAAGCGGGAAUUCUGGCAUGGCUCAUUAAGGGUUAAAUAUUUAUAUUUACAACGUACAGCAGUGCAGCAGUUGAAGGGGGAAUUCUGGCCUGGCUUAUUAAGGGUUAAAUAUUUAUAUUUACAACGUACAGCAGUGCAGCAGUUGAAGGGGAAAUUCUGGUCUGGCUCAUUAAGGGUUAAAUAUUUAUAUUUACAACGUACAGCAGUGCAAUGCGUGCUAACCACUUUGCGAAAUAUAAUAUUAUGCAGUUGUUUUAAGAUAAAAAAUAUAGCUAUUGCUGCGGUUGUUCCAGUCGUAGAUUCUCUCAUCUAGGGUUCGCGGCGAAAGCAUGAACAAAUUCUCAUUUUUUAAUACUAAAACGUCGACCCAAGAAUUACUCUGUGCGGCCGCCAUAUGCCAUGUCAAAGUCAUGUCCUGAGUCAAAUUUGUCAUUAUUUUCGGUUUCAAAAUGAAACGGUAAAUUGUAAUGGCAGAUUUAGGCCUAUAGCUAGAAUUUUUUUCCGAAAUGCGUGGAACCAUUCAACACAUUUUGACGAAUCUGUUACGUGGCUCGAAAAUCAGGAAUGUAUUCCGAUAUUGUGGCUGACAAAGCAGUUUUCAGCAUUGGAAAAAUACCGCAUUUGUUGCUGAAGCUUGCCUAGUGUACUUAUGGUGGUAUACCGUUUCCGACACUGCGUUCCCGUGUCCAAAACUAAUUUUCAAACGUCUCGAAAUUGAUCAAAGUUAUUUGUGCAAUUGAAUUUCUUCCUGUUUUGCUGAUUCAUGGAUAUACUAAUGUUAGAGAAUAUGCUCUACUUUGGGUUGUAUGAAUUUGUUGGCGUUUGCAUUUCGAGCCCAAUUUAAACAAUAACAAUAAUAAUUGAAAGCGAUGGUAAAAAACAAAUAUAACCAGUCCAGGUCAUGAACGUAUGCAAUAAACUAUACGGCUCUCUUUUCUGCCUACGUAAUUUGACUGUCGACGGUGUAAUGUUCUUUCAUUGUUUUUGCUGACCCCUUACACUUGCGGCAUUUAUUAUGUUAAAACAUCGGGCUGCUUAUGUAUAAAAAAUAAAUUUCGUUCUUCUCGACCAGCAUCCCAACGAAAAUAAGUGAUGCGUGCUUAUAAUAUAUUGAGUACAUUAUGUACUUUAUAAGCUCUUCUAAAACGAUUUCACGUAAAUUUCAAAAUCACUUUAAA